GAAAACAGCUUUAAUUACAUGUGAAGUGUGCCAAACUUGUCACAUUAAACUGAGUUUGGUUUAAACUUGAUUUUAAUUGUGCAUAGCAAUUAGGAAGAAUUAUGCCAGGGUUAAAGCAAGCCUGGAUUGUAGCAAUCCACUUCUGCGCUGUCUCUAUCCAUGACAAGUCAAUACAAAGGCAUAACCAUGACAGUGCAACAACCUUCUAACUGCGCUGAGCAAGAACAAAGUUUGCUGAGCUGCACUUGGUGUUCCUGGUGUGUGUGCAUGCAUGUGCCUGCCUGAUAAAGACUUGCAUUAUAUCAGAUGUAACAAGAGAAGGUGCAUAUUUCCAUUCAGUUUUCCAUUAAAGGGUUUCUCCAGCUGAAGUAAAGAUGAGUCGAUCGACCAGUCUCUUGCAGCAGAUGACUUUGUUUGUCACCAUAGUGACCGGCGGCGGCUGUGCUAUGAUGUAUUACCUCAUGCAGAAGAAUUUUGCUAAAUCAGAGUACUACCGUCUCGCCCUGGAACAGCUAAACAGUAAUUCUACAGCCAUGGCCAGUCUGGGUGCUCCUCCUCUGAAGAUCCACAACAUCCAUUUAUCUGACCGACACAACCGCAUGGAUCACAGCAUUGCUCAGGUAAAGAUCCCUGUUACUGGCUCAAAGACUGGUGGUUAUCUCUACACAACUUCCACGAGAGACACUCUCAUGAACAGAUGGCACCUUCAGCAUGUGUUCUUGAAGCUGAGAGAUGGUGAGACCAUCGAGAUUUUCAACAAGACGGAAUCUAAAGAGUAGCAUCAUGCGGUAGUAUUGCAUCAUUGUUAAACAUAGAGGACAUUUGCACAAGGACUGGGAGACAGUUCUUAAUAAAAUGAUUGCUAGCAAAGUCUUUAUUUGGGCACAUCUGUGAAUAUGGUUUAAAUACAGUAAAUACAAAUACUGUUCAUUGGCCCAAAUACUGUACACAAUCACAUAGUCUGUUUAAUUUUUUUUUUCUUCUAAUUUAUUAUAGAUUUGUUUUUUUGGAUUUAUGAAAGUUGUGUGACAUUAAAAAUAUUAUCUUGCAACGACUUGGAGAAAUUAGAUGUGCAUGAUUUGUUUUGUAAAUUUUUACUGUUAUGUGCUUCAUUAAAUACAUUUUUGCUAAUUUAAAUGAAAGCAUUAAAUUGAAGGCUAUA